AUGAAGGAAGCGAGCGAUACCACUAAGGUCCGGAUAGUGUUCGACGCGUCAAUGAAAUCCAAUUCCGGUAUGUCCUUAAAUGACAUAUUAAUGACAGGUCCUACAAUACAAGCAAAAUUAUUCCUACACUUGAUUCGCUUUCGUGUUUACGACUAUGUUAUCUCUGCUGACAUCGAGAAAAUGUAUCGCCAGGUGAUAUUACACGAGGACGAUCGGCGAUAUCAGCGGAUCUUGUGGCGCCAGGGCGGCGUAGUCAAAACAUUUCAACUUAACGUUCUUACAUUCGGUAUUUCCUCCUCUCCAUUUUUAGCAAUCCGCGUGAUUAAAAAAUUGGCUGAUGAUGAACGAGAAACUUUUCCUAGAGCGGCAGAGAUCCUCAAAUCUCAUCUGUACGUUGAUGACCUAUUGACCGGCGCUGAAUCCAUCGAUGAGGCCCGUAGGAUUCGAGUCGAAGUGACCGAGUUAUUGGCACGCGGCGGUUUCGUUAUUAGACAGUGGGUAUCCAAUGACGAACGAAUCAUAAACGAUUUAGAGGCUAAUGCACUACACGCGAGUUUCACUUUAAAUACAGACCGGGCAUUGAAAACAUUAGGCAUAAUAUGGAACACGCGAGACGACCAAAUUUCCUACACUACUAACCCAAUUAAAAGUUUCGAGCAGGUGACAAAGCAAAGAGUGUUAUCGGAGAUCGCGAAGAUUUUUGAUCCUAUAGGCUUAUUAGGCCCGGUUAUACUAUUCGCCAAGAGAUUGAUGCAAGACGUGUGGCGGUGCGGAAUACACUGGGAUGAGCCCGUUCCGCGAAUUAUUCUCAAUGAAUGGUCCGAGUUUACGCGUCAGUGGGAAUUGAUGGACCACAUUUCCUUCGAUCGUAAGCUGUUAAUAGAAAAUCACUCUAAUAUACAGAUUCAUGGCUUUUGUGAUGCUAGCAGGGUCGGAUAUGGCGUUUGUAUUUACGUACGCUCAAAGAAUAAUCGAGACGCCGUGUUAUCGCGUUUAUUGUGCGCCAAGUCGCGAGUUGCGCCGUUAAAGCCCGUGACCAUUCCACGUCUUGAGCUCUGUGGAGCAUUAUUGUUAGCACGAUUAUACCAUGAAGUAAUCAAUACGUUAAAUUUCGUUCCUAACAGGGUAAUUUUUUGGUGCGAUUCGACUAUAGCGUUGCACUGGCUCAAGACUGAAACACAUAAACUUAAGACAAUUGUCGCGUACUGUCGCCGUUUUCGUCCCGCCAACAAAUACAAUGGUGCGUUAUGUAACAAGGAGAUCUCUGAAGCCGAGAUACAAAUUUUGAAAAAAUUGCAAUCAUCUCAAUUUCAAAGGGAAAUUAAGGAGCUUGAAAAUAAAGGUCGCGUCAUCAAACAUAGAAUUGCCGGUUUGAAUCCGUUUCUAGACCAAAAUGGUAUCAUCAGAGUCGGAGGCCGUCUGCGGGGAUCAAAUCUAUCUUUUGCUCAGAAGCAUCCGAUCCUCCUCCCAAACCGUAACCCGCUAACUGACAUCAUCAUUCGCGAAACGCAUGAAUCAAAUUAUCACGCAGGUAUUCAGCACACGUUAGCUACCAUGCGUCAGAGGUUCUGGGUACUCGAUGGUAGAAAUCAAGUGCGCAAAGUCGUUCGCACAUGCGUACGGUGUUUUAGAUUCGAUUCUAACAACAUCCAGCCCAAAAUGGGAAACCUCCCCGCAGUACGCGUAAGCGAGGCAAUUCCAUUUUCCAAUACCGGCAUCGAUUUCUGCGGGCCAUUUUAUAUUAAGGAACGAAAAUUCCGUAACAGGACACGGAUUAAGGUAUACGUUUAUAUAUUUGUGUGCAUGGCUAUUAAAGCCGUACAUCUUGAGGUCGUUUCCGAUCUGACAACCGACGGAUUUUUAGCCGCGCUGCGACGUUUCGCCGCGAGACGAGGAUUACCGGAGCACAUAUACUCCGACAAUGGCACGAACUUCGUCGGCGCCAGUAAUCAAUUAAAAGAAGUAUACGCCUUGCUUAAUUCCGAAAAUCACAAAGAUCGGAUAAACAAAUUCGCGAGCGACCGUCGUAUAGUGUGGCAUUUUAUUCCGCCGGCAGCACCACAUUUCGGUGGACUGUGGGAAAGCACUGUGAAAUUAUUUAAACAUCAUUUUCGACGCGUGAUAGGAGAUUCCUUAUUCACAUUCGAAGAAUUAAAUACGUUUGUCGCCGAAGUCGAGGGGAUUUUAAAUUCCAGGCCAAUUACCACACUUUCGUCUGACCCCAAUGAUAUGUCCGUUCUAACACCAGCUCACUGUUUGAUUG